GCGUUACGUCAUAAGUGUGCGUUUGGUUUAUCAGCUGACGCUCAAUGUCAGCUUGCAUGCAUUUUUCUACGUUUCUUUCCUAACGGUAGCAGUUAAUCCUUGGGUAACUAUAAUGCAAAGAGCAGCACACAGAGCCCUCUGUGCCUGGCCUCAGUGUGUCAGACCAGCGAUGAUCAGACAGAGUUUAAGAUGCACAGGCCUGCUCCAGAACAGCUCUCGUGCCUACAGUGUUAUUCCUCCGCCGCGCGAUGCGGAGGAGAAGGACAUGAUGCACCGGAUGCUGCGCGUGGACCACGCGGGUGAAUACGGUGCUAACCGCAUCUAUGCCGGGCAGAUGGCAGUGUUGGGUCGAUCCAGGACCGGACCUCUCAUCCAGCAAAUGUGGGAUCAAGAAAGGAAACACUUAGCAAAAUUCAAUGAAAUCCUUGCUGAAAACAGAGUUCGACCCACAGCUCUGCUGCCUCUCUGGAACCUGGCCGUUGUUUUAGAGGAGAGCAUCUCUGAGCACUAUAACAGCCAGAUCAGAGCUCUGAUGGAGAGCGAUCCGGAGAGAUACACUGAACUGUUACAAGUAAUAAAGGAAUUUAGAGAUGAUGAGAUGGACCAUCACGAUAUAGGAUUGGAGCAUGAUGCUGAAUCACUACCUGGAUACUGGCUACUAAAAAAUGCAAUCCAGCUGGGCUGCAAAGCUGCGAUAUACGCUUCUCAACGUAUCUGAUUCUUAGCUUCAAUAAAACAGACUUCCUUUUUUAUUUUAGUUCAUACUGAGUUUGUUUGAACGAAUGAAGGACAUCGUGAUGCAACACAUUGUUGUACCUUUCCCAGAUGUAACAUUUGGCUUACCUUUUUAAAACAUGUAAAUCCCUUCACUCGACUGCAUCAUUGUGAUACAUUGAUAAUGCUUCAGCUCGUUGCGAGGAUUGUUCUUUUCUUAAAUGUGUGGUUUUGGUUUUACUUUUGCAUUAUUAGGAGGGCUCAAAAGUGAUGUUGGUGACAAAGUUGGUUGUAUUUCUUUUAAAUAAAUGAGUUCACAAAAUAUCUGUUCUCAUUGUAUCCAA